UGCGUUAGAAACUCUCAUUAACCGUCCUCACCUGCCAGAACCUGGCAGGUAUCGUGAGUGGGUUUCCUGGCAGCCCCCCCUCUAAACUGUAGGAGCUGGAAUGUGCCAAAACUUGCUUUUUGGGGUGGGACACCAUGACCUCAGGCAGCAGGGAUGGGUGGGUGCGACUUAUCGAGGGGAAAGAAAGAAAAAAAAAAGAAAAAAAAGGAAAGGAGUCGUGAGAGAGAUGAGGCGGACAGGCAGACGGACAGACGGCAGGACGGAUACACGGGUGGGAGCUGUGCUCGGCGGCUCGGCGGCAGGCUGGUGGAAGAUGUCGUCAGGAGCCGGCGGGAGAGGCGGAAGGCGGCUCCGGGGACUGGCGAGCGGUGGGGGUGGGGGCGGGAGGGGGGGCGCAGGAGAGGCAGAGGAAGGCCCUGUGGGGAUCCCCUUCCCUGAACACAGUGCGGACGUCCUGGGCAGCCUGAACAAGCAGCGGCUCAGCGGGCAGCUGUGCGACGUCCUCCUCGUCACCCAGGACCGGGAGUUUCCGGCCCACCGUUCCGUCCUGGCGUCCUGCAGCUCCUACUUCCACAAGCUUUUCACUUCGGGGGCUGUUGCCGACCAGCAGAACAUCUACAGCAUCGACUUCGUGGCGGCGGAUGCUCUGGGAGCUUUGCUGGACUUUGCCUACACGGCCACGUUGACCGUCAGCCAUAACAGUGUGGCGGACAUCCUUGCUGCCGCGCACCUCCUGGAAGUCCUGCCUGUUCAGAACGUCUGCACGCACCUACUGGACACCAAAGUGCUCUCCCCGCCGGCGGGCAGUGAGCGAAGAAACGAGAAUGGCGAUGACGAGGGGAGCGGCAGAGAAGGCAAGGAGCAGGGGAACCAGAGUCGAGCCCGGGAGUACCUGGAGUACUUCCAGAGAGGGGCGCACUGGAGCAGCAGCUGCAGCACGCCGGAGCUCAGGGACCUACCCACACACCUGCACUUUAACCACGGUAACGGGAGCACCCCCAGCAAUGGGGCUCCCGUCGGCCUCGGCGAGUACUACUCCCCGCUGGCCCUCGCCUUGACGCAGCCACGUACGCUGGAACCAAAGGAGGAGGAGGACGACGACGACGAAGACGACGAGGAUGAAGAAAUGGCGCAGGGCAACGGAGGGAGCUUGGGCUCGUCCUACUACCCUCCCUCGCAAAACGGUCACUACUACCUCCCCACUAAGCCUCAGCAGGACAUCAAAGUGGAAGACGGUUGUAGGGAGGGGACGGGGAGCGAGAGGGGCUCGGCCAGCGCCCUCCUGCAGCAAAUGAUGAACUCUAUCGAGAAGCAGAAGAAGUCCACGACGGCCGGGGAGGAGCAGGGCGACGGGGACGAUCCCGACAUGGAAUUUUACUUGAAUUAUUUUAGCAGCGCUCAGCACGAGGACGCGGCCGCCGUCUCCGUGACGCAGGGCGUGCCGCCGCUGUGGCUGUCGCGAGGCGGCGCGGGCCAGCACGGGGCGGCGGGGGAGAGAGGCAGUGGGAGCGGGGGAGGCGGAGAGAGGAAGAUGCGCUCCAAGGCCUUCCAGAAGUGCCCCAUCUGCUCGAAGGUCAUCCAAGGCGCGGGCAAGCUGCCCCGCCAYAUCAGAACGCACACGGGAGAGAAACCCUACGAAUGCGCCAUCUGCAAAGUGCGCUUUACCAGACAGGACAAGCUCAAGGUUCACAUGCGAAAGCAUACAGGAGAGAAGCCUUACCUGUGCACACAGUGCGGGGCUGCCUUCGCCCACAACUACGACCUGAAGAAUCACAUGCGAGUGCACACCGGCCUGCGGCCCUACCAGUGCUCCAGCUGCUUUAAGACUUUCGUGCGCUCCGACCACCUGCACCGCCACCUCAAGAAGGACGGCUGCAACGGCAUCCCCUCCCGCCGCGGCAGGAAACCUCGGGUGACGGAGCCAGGGCUCCUGGGGGCACCCCCGGUUUUCCUGAGCCCCGGCGCCGACGCCGGGCCCGGACCUCGUGCCGUCAAGGGACGACGGCGUUCGGAGGCGUCCCGGGCGGCGGACGCUGAGAGCGCCGCUGGAGUGCRUUCACACAGUCCUCAUCUGCAGGAGCUAUCAGGGGAGGCAGGGCCCUGAGACUGCAGGGAGUGGGGGGGUGGACACUGCUGGACGCCACAUUCACUCUGCACAGCCUGUGAGACAGGCCAGUGAACAGAGAGGAGAGAGAAAAACAACAUGCAACGGCAAUUUAAAAAGAAAAAAAAGACAAAACAACUAACUAUUCCUCUAAAAAACAAAUCAGGGUGUCACAGAAAUGUAAUCUUUCUAGUCCUUCUUUUACUUUAGGGAACAGAUUAGACAUGCAAGCACUUCACUUGGUGUAUUUGUUCAAGAGAAAAGAACGCUUCAGAUCAUCCACCCAUCACGUCCACUUUCUGGGCCAUUUCUUUCUUUGUAAAAGUAAACCUUUUUUUAAUUUAGCAUAUGUGUGUAGGCUAUUGUAUGAUAGAUACAAAGAACCUCUGAGCAACUAUGCAGCUGAUUUAGAUYUCUCCUGGUUUCGUCCUCACAGCCUUCAAGCUCUAAGACAGGUGACUGUCACGCACCUUCUGGCUGCUGUACAAGUGAAGCGAGGACAAAUCCUCCUAGUGAAACUACUUUCUUUUUUUUCUAUUCUUUUUCGCAGGUCUGAGAUGUACAGUUACCAUAGAAACAACAUUUCCACUAUAUGGUAUAUGCAAGAACAACUCGCCACUGUUUURAUGCAACAAUUUCUUUCUAAAUGUUCCAGAAAGAAUCAGGCAAAGGGUUUGAUUGAAGUGUUACUUACUCUAAAAAAAAAAAAAAACAUUUUCAGAAUUUAUAGUUCAUCUUGUUUAAAAAGGAAACAAAUCCACACUGAGUCGAAUCCACUUUAACGGGGACUCGCUAUUUGCAGGACUGGGGAAUACAAGAGGUGAAGGGUUUGUGUUUUUGAAGCACUACCGAUCUCAAUGUAUCUUUUGACUUUACAACGUUGCCUCUUGUUCUUCGCAACUCUGCAAUGUCAGCAAUUUCCUUUAUUUUACUUUUUUUUUAAUUUGUCUUAAAUUUUUUUGUUUUGUCUCUUUGGGUACGCGACACUUUAUAAUUCUGUACAUGUGUAUGAAUAGCAAGCGGUGAUAUGAUGUGGACCUCUUAACUUACCGAUCGCAUCUUUCCUCUUAGAGUUGUCUUAUUUCUGACGGAGUGGGUGAAUGAAACAAACGUGUGAAUGUUUGAUGGGGAGAAAAAAACAAAAAGAUUCACCCGUUUGUCCUAAACUUUAACACUUGACAUGUACAGUUCCUGCCCAAAGGAUUAGAACGCUGAUUGAAUGAAUGUGCUUCACUUUGUGCAGGUUUUUUUUUUUGUUUUGUUUUGUUUUGUUUCGGAAUCUGUCCUUGUGUGACAAGGCGCGGGUAGCACUUAACCAACCGCAGGUUAAAGGAAUGGCAGGGAGUCCGAGUACGAAGAAGAGAGAUAUGUGAGCACCUUUCUCUUUUUUUUCUAUGUUUGCACAGCUUUACUAAAGAUAUCCAACAGAG